AGUCUUCGACUUCCGCCUUGUUCUCUCUUCUGUUCGUUUUCCCCUCCUUCUUUAACCUACUCUCACAAAGAUGUCCAUGACGACUAUUGGCCCCAACGGCCCGGUGCAGAUUUACACAAAGCCCGAGUGGAACGCUUGGGAGCAGGCCUUGCGCGAAUUCACCCGUAUGUAUGGCCCUGCCAAAAUCAGGAUUACUGCCAAGGAUGCGCGCGAUGCCUACUCAACGUUCACGGUGCAGACGAGUCUGGACGCUUCUGGGAGCGUCAUCUGUCACAUGCUUAGCGGGACGCAUUAUUUUCAGUAUCUGCGGACAGAAACCGGCGAGUUCAUUCCACCGGAACGCGUGGAGUUCCUUCAGCUGGUCGCCACAUAUAUGUCUUCGCAUCUUGAGGUAACCGGGAGAAUCUCUCAGCAGAUGACCGAAUGGUCGCAGGCGCUCGGUAAUACGUUCGCCGAGUUACAACAGCAGGCGCAGUAG